AUGGCUUUGUUACUACACAAACGUGUAGCUCGGUUGCAAGGUCUGCAAAAGCUCAACUUAACGACGAGUAUCUCGAAAUCUCUAGGCUAUGGCUUUGUGCGCUACAUUCAAACCCAACCUACCCGAUACACCCUGAAUACCGGCGACAAGAUUCCAGCCAUUGGCUUUGGUACUUUCCAAGAUCCUGGUGCUCAAGAAGAUGCCGUGAGCAGGGCCUUGCAAGCAGGUCUACGGCUCAUUGAUACGGCUCGAGUAUACGACGUGGAAAAACAAGUUGGCAAAGGUAUCAAGGCUAGUGGUGUACCUCGAGAGGAAAUAUUCCUUGGUACCAAGCUUUGGUGUAACAACUACCACCCCGACGAUGUGGACGGCGCCCUGCAAGAUUCCCUCCGGGACUUGGACACACCCUAUGUUGACCUCUUGUUGAUGCACUACCCUUGUACAUUCAAAAGAGGCAAAGACCGCUUCCCACGGGAUGGCGAUGGAAAAAUGAUCCACGGCGAGACCAACUACGUGGAUACCUGGAAAGCCAUGCAGGAAUUAGUCAAAACUGGAGAGGUAAAGGCAAUCGGCGUGUCGAAUUUCAGUAAAGGGGAGAUUGAGACACUCAUCAACGAAACGGGCGUGGUUCCUGCCGUACACCAAAUGGAGGUGCACCCAUAUCUUCAACAGAAGGCUUUCAACAAAUGGUUAGAUUCUCAGGGUAUCCACGUCGUCCAAUUCAGCCCGCUCGGAAACAUGAACGACUUUUACAGAACGACAGGAUGGAGCAAGGAAGUCUCCCAUAUGAUGAAGGUCAUCGAUCAACCCAUAUUGAAGGAAAUUGCGGCAAAGCAUGGCAAGAGUGCGGUCCAAGUCGUUUUGGCGUGGGGUGUGAACAGCGGAAGAUCUGUUAUCCCCAAGAGUACGAUUGAUUGGCAGAUCAAGGAGAAUGUCGAAGCCGACUUCAAAUUGGAUCCUGAAGAUAUGGAAAAGAUUGCAGAGCUGGACAUCAAGGCGAGAUUCAACGAUCCCAGCUUGGACUACCGCUGGAGAUUAUACAGCGAUCUUGAAGGCAUUGAGGGUACUGUUGAGGGAAAGACGCAUUAG